AUGGCGGGUUACCGCGGCGUCUCCAUGGCAACCCUCCCCCGUCCCCCACCAACCGCGCAGGCGCAGCUGCGCCUCAGAGGGAGGCGGGAACCGGGCCAAGAUGGCGGCCGCGGGCUGAGGGGACCGGAGCUGAAGGGCCCGCCCGAUGACGUCACGGACCCGUGGGAGAUCCCCUGCAGCGAUGAGGAGGGGGAACCCCCCGGGGGGUGGCUGCCCCCCCCCGCCGACAUCCGCCGCCUCUAUGAGCUCUUAGCGGGGGGAGGGGCGGGAGGCUGUUCCGGUCACGGGACCCUCCCCCCGCCGCCCCCCCCUCCCCUCCGCCUUAAGCCCCGCCCCCGCCGAGAGCCCACCCCGGAGCCGGACAGCGAGGAGGAGCCGGGGGCUGUGGGGCAGCCCCAGAGCGAGGGAGAGGAGGAGGAGAAACCUCCCGCCCCCACUGAGUUCGAUUUCGACGACGAGCCCGCACCCCCCAAACCUGCCCUCAUCGACCGGCCCCGCGCCCCUGGCGGGUGUGCGCGCGGUCGCCGGCGGGAGGCGCGCCUGGAGAAGGUGCUGUGGGACCUGCAGCGGCACCAGCGGCUGGAGGAGCAGAUCCUGCGCACCGGCAGGGACCUCUUCCCGCAGGGGGAGCCCCCCCCGAAGCGGGCGCCGGGGCUGCUCCCGCGCCACCCCAGGUACUGA